AUGGAUCUGGAAAAUUUGGGUAAAAAGUUAAAGGAGUUGAAAAGAAGAAGGGUGGACGCAUCUCUAAAGACAAGGAAGUUGGCGGAUAGAGAGAUCCAGGAAGCCAGUGCAAAUCGAAAACCAAGAGUCUAUAGCAUGGAAGAUGCAAACGAUGAGGAAUUAGAAGGAGAAACAAAAAGUGAUGAUAAAGACAAAGCUUUCCACUACACUGUUCAAGAAUAUAAUGCAUGGGAACAGAAGCAGAAGCAAAGGAAGAGUGGAAAGACUCAAGGGACUGGAGGUUCAUAUGACCAACUCGCGAAAUUGAGUUAUGAAAAAACCCUAAGAAAUCUCACUACACAGAAUCAUAAGCAUGAAAACUCUGUUAACGAAAAGGACAAUAAAGAUUCUAUGGGACAGGGUAGGAUUGAAAAGAUACAGAAAAACACAAUAACUGGUAAGAUAAGGAUUGUAGAUGACGAUAAAUUAGUAAAUAAACUGGCCUCUACUUUGGAGUCUGAAUCGAAGAAGAGAUAUGAGGUAAGAAAGCGCCAAAUGGAAAAUGUUAAGGCACCAACUGGUGUCGAAAGUUUUAUAAAUGAUAAAAAUAAACAAUUUAAUGAAAAAUUGGGUAGGGAAUCAAGGGGUUCGGAGUAA